AUGAGCUGGCUUGAUCUCCGACACCUCAUCAUCGGCAUCUUCUUCCAUCGAGUCUGGAUUAUCCCUCCUCCUCCUCUCCCUUUCUAUGUCCUGAGCACGCUGGCAAAUCUCGGUGAUGUCAGCGCCACUGAAUCCCUGAGUGUACUUGGCAAGGGCCCGCAGGUCAACGUCUUUCGAGAGAGGGGACUUGCGAAGGCAGGCUUUGAAGAUCUGGUGACGGGAGUCCUCAUCCGGAAGGGGGAUGUAAAUCAGCUGGUCAAGACGGCCCGGACGAAGAAGGGCCGGGUCGAUAAUGUCCGGCCUGUUAGUGGCACCAAUUAUGAAGACAGUCUUUUUGGCAUUCAUGCCAUCCAUUUCGGUCAGAAGCUGGUUAAGAACACGAUCUGCCGCUCCACCAGCAUCACCUACACUGCUUCCUCUCUGUGCACCAAAUACAAGACAACAAAACUGUGUACUAACCUGAGUAGCAAUGGAGUCGAGCUCGUCAAAGAAGAGAACGCAAGGAGCAGAUUGACGAGCCUUGUCGAAUAUUUCGCGAACAUUAGCUUCACUCUCUCCAAACCACAUGAGUUUUACCGCAUCCAGGAGGGCCAUAGAAAAGGACACCCUUUGAAGGUGACAUGCCGAAUUUCUCGAACUUCUCCGGGUGCUCCACAGGAUAUUGCACAGUCUACAAGAGACAGUUUACGUGGUUAA